AUGGACCAAUGGAGAGACAACAGUGACGAAAUAUAUGAAGGUUUAGAACCUGAUUUUGAGGAUAUGGAUGACGGUGUGGAACGUGAUUUCAACGAAAUGUAUGAUGAUUUUGAUGCAAUGAAUGACACUGUGAACAACAGAGGUGAAGCUGUUAUGGUUGAUUUGACUGAUGCGUUUAGCACCGACGUGAAGUUUGAUACGCGAGAUGAUUUAUUGAAAUGGGCUAGAAAUGUUGGAAGGGAAAAUGGAAUUGUCGUUGUUAUUUUUAGAUCUGAAACUGCGACAACAGGACCAAUAACAAAGACAAAAUUAAUUCUUGGUUGUGAAAGAAGCGGUAAAUAUAGACCUUGGAAGAAUCCUAAACCUACGUGGAGUACUUGGAGUAGAAAAUAUGAAUGCCCGUUUAGAUUGAGAGGUACACCAUCAAAUGUUGGUGAUGGAUGGUAUCUGCAUGUAGUAUGUGGUGUCCAUAACCACGAAUUGGCCAAAAAACUAACUGGUCAUGCUUUCUUAGGUCGAUUGUCUCAGGAAGAGAAAAUUGUACUUGGUGAUAUGACAAAGAAUAUGAUCAAACCAUGA